UCUGCAUCACCUGCUUGGGCAGCCUCCGGGCGGGCUCUGGGACUUGCCGCGAGCUCCGAGAGCAAAGCAAGCUCCAAACCGGUGCCCAGCAGAUCGGGUAUCGGGGCUGCACCACCAGCAAAAGAAGGAGAAGAAACUAUUUAGCCCACCGAAACCCUAUUCUGCGGGUGCUCCGCCACUGCCGCUUCUGCUGCCGGCAACCAGCUUCCACGCGGGUUCGAACACCGCAGCGGCGGGAUCGUGGGUCCGGCGGGAGCCGGGAGGACGACCACAGCUGAGCCUUUGCACUGUGUGCUUCGCUCAAGCAGCAUCUCCUUGCCCCCUCGAUCCUUCCCCAGACCCUUAGAAAAAGGACCAUGAUUUGGAAACGCAGCGCGGUUCUCCGCUUCUACAGUGUCUGCGGACUCCUGUUACAAGCGGCUGCAUCAAAAAGUAAAGUCAAAGGCAGCCAAGGGCAGUUUCCACUAACUCAGAAUGUAACGGUUGUUGAAGGCGGAACUGCAAUUUUGACCUGCAGAGUUGAUCAAAAUGAUAACACCUCCCUCCAGUGGUCAAAUCCAGCUCAACAGACUCUGUACUUCGAUGACAAGAAAGCUUUAAGGGACAAUAGGAUCGAGCUGGUUCGCGCUUCCUGGCAUGAAUUGAGCAUCAGUGUCAGUGAUGUGUCUCUGUCUGAUGAAGGGCAGUACACCUGCUCCUUAUUUACAAUGCCUGUCAAAACUUCCAAGGCCUAUCUCACUGUCCUGGGUGUUCCAGAGAAGCCGCAGAUUAGUGGAUUUUCAUCGCCAGUCAUGGAGGGAGACCUGAUGCAGCUAACUUGUAAGACAUCCGGCAGUAAACCUGCAGCUGAUAUAAGAUGGUUCAAAAAUGACAAGGAAAUCAAAGAUGUGAAGUAUUUGAAAGAGGAGGAUGCUAACCGAAAGACCUUCACCGUCAGCAGCACGCUGGACUUCCGAGUGGACCGCAGUGACGAUGGAGUGGCGGUCAUCUGUAGAGUAGACCAUGAGUCCCUCAAUGCCACCCCUCAGGUAGCCAUGCAGGUGCUAGAAAUACACUAUACACCAUCAGUUAAGAUCAUACCAUCCACUCCUUUUCCACAGGAAGGACAAGCAUUAACUUUGACUUGCGAAUCUAAAGGAAAACCACUGCCAGAACCUGUUCUGUGGACAAAAGAUGGUGCAGAGUUACCAGAUCCUGAUCGAAUGGUCGUGAGUGGUCGAGAACUCAACAUUCUUUUCCUGAACAAGACGGACAAUGGCACAUAUCGAUGUGAAGCCACGAAUACCAUUGGCCAAAGCAGCGCAGAGUAUGUCCUCAUUGUACAUGAUGUUCCCACCACUUUGCUUCCCACUACUAUCAUCCCCUCCCUUACCACUGCACCAGUAACAACCACUGUAGCCAUAACAACCAGCCCAAGUACAUCUGCGUCCAGCAGCAGCAGAAGAGAUCCUAACUCUCUGGCUGGCCAGAACGGCCCUGAUCAUGCUCUCAUAGGAGGAAUAGUGGCUGUGGUUGUGUUUGUCACACUCUGUUCCAUUUUUCUGCUUGGCCGAUAUCUGGCAAGACAUAAAGGAACAUAUCUAACAAACGAAGCUAAAGGAGCUGAAGAUGCACCAGAUGCCGACACGGCCAUUAUCAAUGCUGAAGGCAGCCAAGUCAAUGCUGAAGAGAAAAAAGAGUAUUUCAUUUAAAAUUCGGGCCACACGCUUUGAGUUUUACCUACCAGGCUGACUGCUGGAGAAAACUGGCAAACCAUCUUUCAGAAACCAUUCCAAGCAUCCUCUACUACUUUUAUUAACACCCAUACUGUACUGCUCGCAGUAGCCAGUGUAAACCAACAAUCAGCAGUUGAAAGCAUCAUCCUUUAAUUACUGUACCAUCCAUAAUGCAGGACAUUUCUUAUUGCCUAAAUUUUACACCAUUGCUCUUUUAACAUACAGUGCUUGAAUAUACAGCCUUAACAAUGUUAAUCAUCUCACUGGAUCAUGAUACUGAGUUGUUUUUAUACACUGAAGAAAUGUAUGCAUAGCCCCACCCCUACAUUUGUUUUUCUUUAAGUCAUAGAAUUUAUUGAACAGUUUUCACAAGUCGCAGGAUUAGGUAAUGGCCUAAUGUGCUUACGUUUAAUCAAAGAUUAGAGGUUUACAAACUAUGUUUUCUACUUGUCUAUCUUCAAAGAUAACAUGUUGUGAAAACAUAUGCCCUAGAAAACACAAAAUGAAGACACUGUAGUGUAGUUUCUGGAAUGUUUGAGAUUAUACUGGUAAUACUGUAUCAAGUUGCUAUUAUAAAAUUUAGUGUUUGAUACAGGUACCAUGUGUAUGGAUUAUAAUCAUGACAUGACACCCUUAUAUUAUUAUAUAGAUCCUACCAUUAGGUUAUUGUAGCUUCAUUUACCAAUAAAUUAUUACGACCAUUUAA